UUUGAUUAGCACUUCAGAAUUUACAGACCUGCAAGCAUACAAAAAAUUCAUUAAGAAAAUGAUAAGUCUAAGAAACAAGAUGUUAUGUACCGUUAUACUUUGCCUGGCCGCUUUUCAAAGUCUAAAUGCACUCGACACUAACCCUUACAAGCUAUCUGGAAAACGCAAACCUUUGAUGACACGCCAGAAUUCUUUGGAAUUGGGGGACUAUAAACGCACAAAACGCCAAUUAACGCAGCCCAUGCAGGAGUUUCAGGAUUUUAUAACAAAUUCGAAAACUCAGUGCGCAAAUGGGAUGGGUUUUAGUGCCGAUGAAUUGCAAAAAUCUUUGCUUUACGAAGAUCAGCCAACUCGCAAGGAGAAGUGUCUCAUUGAAUGCAUUUUAAAGCGGAUGGAAGUGAUGGACAAGGAUAAUACGUUGUCUACAGCGGCAAUUGGUCGCAUUGCCAACAUAGUCGGUAACAACAAUCCUUUAAUUACUUCAAUCGCAAUGGCUACAGCUGACAAUUGCAAAAAGUUCAUAAAUGCCGAAGACUCCUGCGAGCGCGCACACCAAAUUAAUAUAUGCAUUGCCACCGAAAUGAAGAUGCGUAAAAUUAAAUUAAUUUAUUAGAAAUUUAGCAACCACAUUAGAAUGUUAAAUAUUAACCCAUAAUUAGGUGCAUUGAAAAAAUCGCAUAUGUAAAUAGUCACUAGAGAUCCUACUGAUCUCGAAGGAAAUGGAAGAUUUCCUGUCAAGAAUAUUAAGACUGUUACUUUAGCGAACUUUUUGGCGAUGAAAAUUUCAAAGUAACACAAAUGGCUAAUCGUUUUUGGCAAGCUAUGACAAAAUUAAAGUACCCAAUAUAUCUAAUUAAGGACUGGCUUUCAAAUGAAAGUUGAGUUAGUGAUAUACAUACAUAGCUAUAAUAGAUU